AUGUUUACGAGCAACCCUGCAACGGCAAUGUCUCAAAAUAAACCCACUUUAAGACUUAAUCCACCGAUAACCGAACGAUUUCAACUUUACGAAUUUUUCCAUACUCCUAGCCUACGUUAUGAUCCAAAAGAAGAUAUUCAAAUUGAAGAAAAUAUCAAACCAGCUCUAGAACAAUCAAUUACUUCUAAAGAUGAAGACUCAACUCGAUUUAGCCAACGCUUAACUUUCAAUGCUACACAAAAUCAAAAUGCAGAAGAUAACACAACAUAGUAAAGUAUCUAAGAUAUAGACUCUGGUAAAGACUCGCACCCACACCCUCAAGAAAACGAAAAGAUGUAUAUUGUCGGAAGUUUCUAGUUUAUUUAUGAAAGAUCAUUAUGUGAUUAAUAUUUUGAGUGUAGAAAAAAAAGAGAGCACUGAACAUGAUCGAUUUUGUUAUUUUUCAUUUAAAUCUCAUGAAUAUUGCCGUUAAGAUGUAUGUUAUUGAUUAAGCAUUACAUCCUGUCGACAUAAUGGACAUCUCGUUAAUUGUUCUUGUUGUU